CCUAGCAUCACUCAGAUGCACAGAUUCAUAAUGAAUGAUUAACAUCACAAAAACCUCCCUGCACUUCCACUCUGUAGAACAAAGGAGCCAGGUUUCAUCUUCCAGUUGGAUCUGUUCUCUUUUGUGUCUUCCAUCGGAGGUCCCCAUCAGGGGCUGGGAGUGGCUGUUGGAAGUGAGGAAGCCCUCAGUUGAGGGGAGAAGGGAGGAGAGGAGAGGCCAAUUUUCACACCCUGAGAUGCUCUGCAGGCUUGAGGAAGAAGAGGAGAUGUCUCUACUGGAGCUGCAGCAGAGGGUGGACUGUGUCAUCACCCAUGUUGAUGAGAUUAUGCAGCAGGAGAUCAGGCCAUUGCUGGCUGUUGACAUAAUUGAACAACUUCAUAGACAGUUUGCUCUUCUUUCAGGAGGAAGAGGAAGUGAUGGAGCGCCCAUCAUUACAUUCCCAGAGUUCUCAGGCUUUAAUGAGGUGUCAGAUGAGGAUUUUGUUAAUGUUGUUACAUAUCUGACCAGCAUACCAAGUAUGGAUGCUGCCAGCAUCGGCUUUAUCAUCAUCUUGGACCGUAGGAAGGAAAAAUGGAACUCAGCAUUCGCUUCUCUAGCUCGAAUAGCAGGGUCCUUCCCAGGAAAUCUACAACUUGUGCUGGUUCUUAAACCUUCACGUCUCCUCCAGAGGACCAUUGCUGAUGUCAGUAUGCGGUUACAUCGGGACGACUUUAAAUUGAAGGUACUGGUUGUUAUGCUAAAUUCCCUGUCAGACUUGUAUGGCUACAUCGAUAAAGGCCAGCUAACCUGCGAUCUGGGUGGAACCCUGGAAUAUUGCCACAGUCAGUGGAUCCAUCAUCGUACAGCCAUUGAGAACUUUGCAUUAACAGUGAAGAGCACAGCACAGAUGCUACAACAGUUUGGAACUGAUCUGGCAGAAACUGAACUUCCCAAUGAUGUGCAGUGCACCAAAGAUUUGCUCAUCACACACACAGAAAAACACAACAAGCUUAAGGACGAAUUAAAGUUGGCUGUGAAACAAGGAAAAACUCUGCUGUCUUGUAUAAAAGAUCGGGCCAACAAAACCGAGAACCACAUUCUGAACCCGGAUGAAACAGAUAAUCAAACAACCGUUGAGAGGUUGCUAGCACAGCUUGAUGAGACAGAGAAUGCAUUUGAACAGUUUUGGUCAAGGCAUCACCUCAAGUUAGAGCAGUGCCUACAGUUACGCCAUUUUGAGCAGGACUUCAGAGAGGUGAAAGUGUCUCUGGAUGGCCUGAUGGAGGCCCUACUGGAGCUUUCAGAUACUGGAGACUGUGUAGGUCGGAUGGAACACCUACUGGGGGAUCUGAAAACCCUGGAGUACAAAACUCAGGAGUCCUUGGAGAAAGCUCAGCUUCAUGCCCAGCAUGGCGAUCAGCUGAUUCAGAGUAAUCACUACGCCGUGGACUCCAUCCGCCCCAAGUGUGUCGAACUGCGUCGGAUCUGUGAUAACUUCAGCAAUGAGGCCAAAAAGAAACGGGACAUUCUUACUAAAUCGCUUGAUAUCCAUAAGCGAAUAGAUGAGGUAAGCCAGUGGUGUGAAUCUGGAGUAUAUCUAAUGGCCUCUCAGGCUGUUGACAGAUGCCAGACCCAGGAAGGUGCAGAAGCAGCACUGCAGGACAUCCAGAAGUACAUGGAAUCAGCCAAAGAGCAGCAGCUGAGUCACCUUAAAGACCUCAGCAACCAGUAUGAGACUGUGCUCUCAGACCUGCUCAAGAGCAAAGUUCAGCAGGCUCUGAAAAGGCUGAAUGAUGUUCAAGAGAUGUUUGAAAAAAGACAUGCGAGUCUGAAAAAGCUCUCUGCUAAGCAAACCAGGCCAGUGCAACCUGUUGCACCUCGACCAGAGUCUUUGCCAAAGCGGCCCCCAGCUAAAACACCACAUUGCACCAUGCCAGCAUCAAAUCGCAAAGGUACAGAUAACUUCAGCACCAAUAAGCCGCCCAGUGAAGCAGAACUGGCAAAGCGAAAAAAUAUUCGGAAAGCCAAAGGUGGCAUCAAGAUUGAGGUCAUGCAUGAAGGAGGUCAAGGGGGCUCAAGUCAUGUUCUCAUGUACAAUGAAACGGAGGAGACCCUUUCAAACAGACGGAGUCACAUAAUGAAUGAGUUGAUAGAGACGGAGAGGCUGUACGUGGAAGAGCUACAGAGCAUCAUAGAGGGUUAUGCCGCAACACUGGAUGAUCCUGAAUUGAUCUAUUUGAUCCCACCAUCUCUGAAAAACAAGAAGGAUGUUCUAUUUGGCAAUCUGCCUGAAAUCUACGAGUUUCACCAGAAAACAUUUCUCAAAGAGUUGGAAAACUGUGCAGAAAAGCCUGAGUUGGUGGGGACGUGUUUUUUAAAGCGGAAAGAAGAGUUGCAGAUCUAUGAGAAAUAUUGUCAGAAUAAGCCACGCUCUGAGGCGUUGUGGCGGCAAUGUGGGGACAGCUUGUUCUUUCAGGAGUGCCAGAAAAGGCUGCAUCACAAGCUUUCGUUAGAUGCAUACCUGUUAAAGCCUGUGCAGAGAAUCACCAAAUACCAGCUGUUGUUAAAGGAGAUGCUGAAAUUCAGUAAGAACUCAGAAGGCACAGCCGAGUUGGAGGAAGCUUUGGCUACCAUGCUGGACAUCAUCAAAUCAGUCAAUGACUCCAUGCAUCAGAUCGCUAUCACUGGCUUUGAGGGCAAUAUUAAUGAUUUGGGCAAGCUGCUCAUGCAGGGAUCCUUCAAUAUUUGGACAGACCAUAAGAAGGGUCACAGUAAAGUGAAGGACUUGGCCCGCUUUAAACCCAUGCAGAGGCACCUAUUUCUCUACAACAAAAUGAUUUUGUUCUGCAAGAGACGCGAGGAGACAUCUGAUGGUCAUGAGAAAUCCCCCUCCUACAGCUUCAAGCACUCAUUAAAGAUGAGCUCGGUGGGAAUCACAGAAAAUGUAAAGGGAGACAUCAAGAAGUUUGAAAUCUGGUACAAUGGCAGAGAGGAAGUGUACAUCAUUCAGGCCCCCUCUAUGGAUGUAAAGAACACGUGGGUGUCAGAGAUCCGUAAAGUCUUAACGAGCCAACUGGAGGCUUGCCGAGAAGCCAGUCAGCUCCAUCAGAAGAUUACAGAAAAUAUUUACCAUGCUCCCAUGAGAAAUAUGCGCAAAACGGCUCUUCGACAGUCUGACUCUUCCAGUCCUGAAACGGGAUACAGGCGGGCAGACACAGGCCCAAAUCUUCGGCAGAAACGAGCUGACGCUUCAGCCAGCCUUGGCUCAGAGUGCUUUGCUCUUUCUAGAAAGCGCUUCACCUUACAGGGCCUGUCAAACCGCAGGUCUCUCCCCGCAGAAUCUGCGCCAAAGGAGACAGAUAUAACACGGCGCUUUUCUUUAGCUUCAUCUGUCAGCUCGGCCUCUGCUCAGCGCACUAAAGUUCCUGUCUCCUCUAGCCUUAAGAGCAAGAGGCAUCAAAUCAAGAGUGACCCCACACCAUUUGGUUAUGAAGACACCAUGCGAGGUACACUGCCUGCUGAGAGCAAAAGUAAAGGUACUGCUGGUACCAAGCCUGCUGUGCCGAGGUCCGCUUCUCAACCAGGAUGGAGUCAACGGCGUUUGCCCUCCAUGGACGCUGAGGACUUUGAGACAAUUCCAUCCAGUGCUGAGGAGCUCUCAAUUUCCUCAGAUGGAGAGGAUGAUGGCCAUAACAAAAAUGGGGGACAUGAUCACUAUCAGGUACAGCUGAUGUAUGAAUCAGGUACCGCACAGGAUCUGUCUGUGGAGGCUGGCGAUUUGGUGCAAUUCCUGGAAGAAUCAGAGAAUGGCCAUUGGCUAGUCAAGAACCUUAGAACUCAGAAGACAGGUCUGGUUCCACCCACUGUCCUGCAAUCCACAGCAGAGGGAGUAGACCUUAACAGUAACUCUGGUACAACACACCAAUCCCAGGAAGAGCAGCAGAAGGGCAUGACUGACAUCAUCAUGACCAUAUGGAGCCCAGUCCAAACUGAUGACAUUUUCAGUGACCUCUGCACGGCGGCCCUCACCGAUACAGAGGAGGUAGAAGACAGCGCUGGACCAGAUCCCGCUCAGGACAACAGAUCUGCAUGCUGAACAUGUCGUGAUGUGUCUAGUUUUCCUUCGUGCCAUGCUUCUAUAUGUUGAUAUCACUGAUACUACAUAGGAAUCUAUUCCAGUGGAAGACUGGAUGACUCUGCUGCUAUAUGACCACUCUGAAGAGCCAUCAGGACAGAUUCCGGACAUUUCUGGCAUUGUGCACAAAGUCCUUUUCCAGUGCUUUCUUGACAUUGAAAAAUUCUGCAGUCAUGAGUCAUAAAUUCAGCAUGCAGCAUUUGAGCUUUCAAUCUGCUAUGCCUUAGCAGCCAAUGCAGAGUUAUUUUUAAAAGAAAAAUUCAAACAAAAUUGCAAAGGACCUCUGUGAAAACUGGAAGUUAUCUGUACAUUGCCUAUAAUGAGGAGUAUAGUACCCGGAGAAAGAUAUCUGUAAGUUUUUAAUGGCAGUUUUCCCCUCUGAAAGUACACUGUUGGAGAUAUCCUUCAUCUUUGCUCACAGGCACUCAGUUCCAGAUCUAGGUGGUUUUUGGCUUGAAUGAUAAAUGCCAUGGAACAAUUUUUUAUUUUUAUUUAUUUUAUUUUUUUAUUUGGUAUAAAAAUCACACAAUAAUCAAAUACAGAAUGACAAUAACAAUAAUGCCAUGGAACUAAUUACUCUGGAGUCGCAGAAAAAUGACGUCAUGACAAUGCUGAUUGGCUGAUGGCACCACAAGAACACUCGCAGUCCCAAGCCCUUCACUAGCAUCUAUUCUAAACUGUAGACAGGAGGAGACAGGGCAAAAUAAAAGUCAAUUUAACGCUUUUUGGGUCUAACUUGACCAGCCAAACCCUUGGCUCAAACACAGAGGUGGCCAUAUUAAAGACAAUAAGACUCUACACUUUUCUAUCCUGCUUAAACUUCCAUUGAAAUGCUUAAACAUACUUGAUUGUUUUGCUAGUUAUUGCUUGUUUGCUUAUGAGACUGUUCGUCAGAAACAUAGUACUUUUAAAGAACAAAUAUGCUCUAUUGUAAUGUACAAUAUUUAUACUUUCACUGUCUUUUAAAUUUCAACAUGAAAGUUAUAUAAGCCAUCUGUAAAGCUUUGUCCCUCUUUGCAAUUCGUAAAGCUUAAUAUCUUUAAUCCUCAUCCAAUAUCCCUACUUGAUAUAUUCAUCUCUUUCAUGGUCUAGUUGUAUAUAAAUAAUCUUAAUGGUGCUUUCUCAUGUUGAAGAAAAAGCGAAGUAAUUACUCUGCAGAUGAUUUUGUAAUAUAUUUCAGAACAUAUGAUCAUUGUAGAAGAAUUAUUCCCUGUACUGUAAAACAUCCAAUACUGUUUUUUUUACAAUAUUGCUCCUGAAUGUUGUCAUUUGCUGUUUGUGCUAGUACAUUUUACUUUCAUUCAAGUAACAGAAUUCAAUACAGAAAUCAGAUGUACUUCCUCCUAUAUGAAAUGAAAAACUGCACAACAGUUUGACGGUGAAUGUACUAAUGAUGCCAAAUGUUUUGUUUCAUAAUAGUACUAAAUAUCCACUUAUAACACAAACACUUCAAGAUCAUUGGUCAGGCUGUAAAAUAACUUGAAAUACCUAUAUCAAUCUGAUGUCAUUGUUUGAUGAGUUUCUAUAAUUGUUUUUUAAUGUCAAUUUCUAAGCACAAUGUUGAAUGCCAAUGUUAUUAUUGCUGAUAUGUGUAAAAUGACUUUCUGUUUAUACUGAUGUGCAUAUUUAGCUUUUUACGGCCUCCAUAUGGACAAUUUAACAGCAGGUGUGAAUAUGUAUUACAACUAUGUACAUUUUCAAACACAUAAUGAAAUACAUUCAUUGCAAAAUAUUUUUCUCAUUAGAGACUUACACUAUAAAACCUCAACAAAGAACGUUAUUGUAAUUAUUAUCUCAAGUGAAAAUCACCAAUAUGUAUGUCAUUCAGUUUAAUGUGCUGAAUGGCAAUGGCAAUAAAUGUAAUGGAAAUUUGGCAUGACACACACAUAUUACAUAAAUAAAGGGAGGAAAAAUCAAGACAAAAUAGUAAUUGAUAAAGAAAGGUGGUCAAAAUCAGAUAAAGGGGUUAUUACAUUUUAAAUAAUGUUAGAACAGAAAAUGAUUAAAAAUGAGGAUGUUAGUGAUGAAGACAGACUCAAUGCAGAUCACUGUCCCUCAUACUAUGGCAGAAAGAGGCAUACAGUGAAAGUAAAAUAAAAUAAAAAAAAUAUAUACAGUUUUUAUCAGAUUUAUUUUGUCUGAUGAGAUACAUUGAAGUUACAACA